AUGUCUCAAAAGCCAGAGAACCCCUACAGACCCUACAACGACGUCCACAAAGACACCAAAGGCCCAGGAGAUGCCCGCCCAACCGCCCUCCAAAUCGUCAAAGACUGCAACGCCAUCGGCAAACUCCAAGGCAAAACCAUCCUAAUCACAGGCUGCACCGCAGGCCUCGGAAUCGAAACCGCCAAAGCCCUCUACGAAACCGGCGCAACCCUCUACCUCACCGGCCGCGACGUCCCCAAACUCAACAAAAUCAUCGACGACAUCGUCUCCAACGGCACCAACAAAACCAACCCCCGCCCGGAAGCCCUCGAACUACACCUCGACUCCCUCUCCGGCGUCCGCAAAGCCGCCGCAGACUUCAAAACCCGCUCCCAGCAACUCAACAUCCUCAUCUGCAACGCCGGCGUCAUGGCCUGCCCCUACACCAAAACCGCCGACGGCUUCGAACUCCAGCUCGGCACCAACCACUUCGCCCACUUCCUUCUCUUCCAGCUCCUCAAACCCGUACUCCUAAAAUCCGCCGCCGACUCGGGCACAAGCUCCCGCGUUAUCACCGUCUCCUCCGCCGGCCACCGCUACGGCGGCAUCCGCUUCGACGACAUGGACUUCUCCGACGGGAAAACCUACGAGAAAUGGACCGCGUACGGCCAGUCCAAGACCGCCAACAUCUACAUGGCGUCGUCCAUCGAGCGGCAUUACGGGUCGCAGAACCUGCACGGUCUUUCCUUGCACCCCGGCGGUAUCAAGACGGAACUCGUCCGCCAUAUGGAGCAAUCUGAACUUGACGCUAUGGGUGUUAAUGAUAGAUUCGCGAAUAUGUUCAAAUCGCCCGCUCAAGGCGCCGCGACGCAGACGUGGGCGGCUGUGUCGGAGCACUUUGAAGGCAAGAAUGGCGGUCGGUAUUUGGCUGAGUGUGCCGAGUGUGGACCCAUGGCGGACGGUGCUGAGGUUGGGGCUGAUGGGUACGGACCGCAUGUUUAUCAGCCGGAGCUGGAGGAGAAGUUGUGGAAGUUGAGUUAUGAGGCUGUGGGAUUGCCGGUGGAGGAUUAA